AUGAGGGAAGUCGAAACACAGAACCUACCGAAGCCAAAACCACCACCACCACUGCCGCUGCCGAUUGUUCCUGACGAACUCAUAUGGGAAAUCUUGUUGUUUCUUCCUGUCAAAUCUCUCAUGCGGUUAAGGUGCGUAUACAAGUCAUGGAAGCUCAUCAUCUCUGAUUCCCACUUCGUGAAACUACACCUUCGUCGAUCUUUAGAAAACAGCAGCGCAGACAUCGCACACAUCAAAUUACUGUCCGAGGUUCAUGCCUACAAUCAACCAUAUGUCUCAUAUUACUAUGUUCCUUUGUUAUUCUCGCCCCAGUACCCAGAGAGUCAUCGCUUCCACCCAAUUGGGAAGUGUUUCAAUUUGCUUGGAGUCUGCAACGGCUUGGUUUCUUUCAAAAAUUCUUGGAACCAGGUCUGUUUCUGGAAUCCAGCUAUCAGGUUAUGGUCUCAAAUCUCACCACCUUUACCUAUGCAGCAUAAAGAACAAGAACAAGAAUACCCGGAUGAUCAAACAACUUUUGGGUUUGGAUAUGAUGGUGUGAAUGACACUUAUAAGGUGGUUGCUGUUUCUUACUAUGACAAUGAUAGCGAACAACGCACACACAAAGUGUGGUAA